CCGAGCCCCGGACACGCCCACCUGCCGUUGGCGUCGCAGGUGUACCUCAGACACUUUGACGGCGUCGCCGAGGAGGCGGCUGGACCACCGUGGGGUCCAGGCGGAGGCCGAGGGCCGAGUCGGCAUGGCGGAGGGCGGGAGCCCCGAAGGGCGGGCCGGCCCGAGGGCCGCAGGUCCUAAUCUGAAGGAGUGGCUGAGGGAACAGUUCUGUGACCAUCCACUAGAGCACUGUGAAGAUACAAGGCUCCAUGAUGCAGCCUAUGUAGGGGACCUCCAGACCCUCAGGAAUCUACUGCAAGAGGAGAGCUACCGGAGCCGCAUCAAUGAAAAGUCUGUCUGGUGCUGUGGCUGGCUCCCCUGUACACCACUGAGAAUCGCAGCCACUGCAGGCCAUGGGAACUGUGUGGACUUCCUCAUACGCAAAGGAGCCGAGGUGGACCUAGUGGAUGUCAAGGGGCAGACUGCCCUGUAUGUGGCUGUAGUGAAUGGGCACCUGGAGAGCACUGAGAUCCUUUUAGAAGCUGGUGCUGACCCCAAUGGCAGCCGGCACCACCGCAGCACUCCUGUCUACCAUGCCUCUCGCGUGGGUAGGGAUGACAUCCUGAAGGCUCUUAUCAGGUAUGGGGCGGAUGUUGAUGUCAACCCUCACCUGACUCCUGACACCCAGACCCUUUUCACAAGGCGGCUUACCUCCUUGGUGGUCUGUCCUCUGUACAUCAGUGCUGCCUACCAUAACCUUCAGUGUUUCAGGCUCCUUCUGAAGGCUGGGGCAAAUCCUGACUUCAAUUGCAAUGGUCCUGUCAACACACAGAAAUUCUACAGGGGCUCCCCUGGGUGUGUUAUGGAUGCUGUCCUGCGCCAUGGUUGUGAGGCUGCCUUUGUGAGCCUGCUGGUAGACUUUGGAGCCAACCUGAACCUGGUGAAGUGGGAAUCACUGGGCCCAGAGGCAACAGGCAGAAGGAAGAUGGACCCUGAGGCCUUGCAGGUCUUUAAAGAGGCCAGAAGUAUUCCCAGGACCUUGCUGAGUUUGUGCCGUGUUGCUGUGAGAAGAGCUCUUGGCAAAUACCGACUGCAUCUGGUUCCCUCGCUGCCACUGCCAGACCCUAUAAAGAAAUUUCUGCUUUAUGAGUAGAGUUCAGAUGCAGCGUUGACUGCAGUGAGGAAGCCAAUCAUCUGCAGUGAAAGUUGACUCUUAUAUCCUGUGAAACAUGUCCUGCGCUGCCAACUUGUUCCCUGACUGUCAGUGAAGAAGAAACAGCCAUGUUCUCUUGAAUUGUGAUUCUGUCUCAGGUGCUUGGGCCAUCAAACACUCCUUGAGUCACUGUCAACUGAGAGGAGGGGCAUACAAACUUAAUUUUGUUCUUCUUCAAUAUCUGUUCUGGAUUUUUACUGUUAUAUAUUAAUGAAAUGGGUUGUGAAAUGUGUGCAGUAUGGGUUGAACCUGCAAGCCUCGUGGUAGCCCUAGUGGGGAAAGCGUGUAUCUUCCAAAGGUUUUUAUGUUCUUGCUUUGCAAUUAAUUAUUCUUUUAAGGCUUAAUAUCCAAACACGAAGAGAGUUUUGAUAAGAAAACAUGUAGGAAACAGACACACAGUCUGUUUUCCUGCCUGGGUUUGUCUGUAUGUGCUGUUAGGUGCGUGUCCCUUCUUACUGCUGCAGCAUUCUCUCUUGGAAGUGUCUUCAUUCCAAGAUGGUUUCUUGGCUGCAUACACUGCCUGCUAUCUCAGUGCAUGGAGGUCCCAGCACAGUGUCCACAGUGCAGCACCUGUCCUGGCAAAGGUUUUCUGACAGACGUCUCACCCUGGGGAUCUUCAGACAAUGAUUACCUUUAGGAGGCCCACCUAGAACUAGCCAGGAAGUGACUGCCCACAUUCAGACCAGGGACCAUCCCAAUAGCACUCACUGCCACUUCUUACAGGAUAAGAUGACACUGGGGUGCUCUGUACAGAUCCUCCCGUACAGAAAAUGGGGACUGUAUGGGCUACCUGGGUGGUUCCAGGCUAAGCAGUUCCUGCUGCUUGGUGCCCACCAGAGGCUGUGUCUCCCUCUUUCUGGUUCAGUGCCUUUGUGGGCAGUCCUAGAGAUCUUUCCCCGUCCUGCCCAGGGUUGUUGGUGAGAGAGAUGACUCAGUGCAGGUGUGAGGGUCAUGGGCAGUUGGAUCAGGAACUACGCAUAGCCUUGAGCAUCCUCGGGUUGCUCCUGUUUGGUGAAAUUGCAUUUUGUCAUUUUGAAACCUCUUGGGACUAUUGUGUGCAUCUGUGGUGAUUGUAGACUUGAGAAUGUUUAGGGGCAAGCAGAUGUUAGAUCUGUUAAAAUUUUGACCAUGAAAGAAAACUAACUUGUAAUGAUACUUUACUGUUGAACCAUCAUGUGGUUUAGUGACCAUCUGUGGAUGGAGUUCCAAACCUCACCCCAGUGUCUCAGAAUGGCCCUAUGCAGCAACACCAAGCUGGCCAAAAUGCACUACAUGGAGUUCUAGUGGGCCUUGCCCCAGCCCUGGCCAGUGAGUACUGUGUCUGGGGAGGGAAUGAGCUGGGCCAGAGCCUGUUCCUCCCCAACCUCCCCCAGCUGUUCUGUAGGGGGCCCAGGCCACAUGAGUAGCAUCCCCUGUGCUUAUUAUUUUCAGAAUCUCAGCACUGUGAGGUUCUGCUGCUUGUUUAAAACUUGGAGCUGGCAAACCUGAAUGCGAAACAGCAUUGGUGCUGACUGAGGACACACCUCCUUGUUUUAGUAGCUCUAUGAAAGUACUGCAUUUUGUUGCUCUCAAGGAGGAGGUACAGGUAGGAAAGAGCAACACUAUUGUGAGCACCCCAGGAUCAUGAGAGGUACCAUGGGGAGCUGAUGUGGCCUUGGUGAGGACUGCUGUUUACUCGACAGAUUUCUGAGAGCUCUGGGUGUCUUCUUAGUGUGGAAAUGUGGUAGGCCUGAUGACACUACUGCCUUCUGACUGAGCUGGCCCUAGCAGAGGAGCUCAGUGGCCCAGAGGAAAGGGGCCUGAAGCUGUCCCUGCUUAUCCAAGGGGGAUCUGUGUGAUUGUUGCUAUUCCUGGGGCAGCCACUUGAUUUAAACAGAGGUUUGUGCCUUGAGUCUUGGCCAGGCAGGCUGGAGUUUAGCCAGUGCUAAUGCCUCAGAAUUUAUCUUUGUGUGUGCUUUUAGACGUAUUUUCAGAAACCUACCAAUGUCAUACAUUUUGUAGCUAUUGUACUCGCGAUGUUUAUCACUUUAUUUAUUUGCUUUUUUAUUUAUUCACACACUUAUUUGUUUGUUUAUUUAUUUAUUUAUUUAUUUAUUUAUAUUCUUCUUCCCUGAUUGUUUUGUUUUGACAUUAGGUAAAUUUAGGCAAAAAUACUUUUUAAGUAGGUAAUUAGCAAUUUUUAAAUGUUGGCCAUUUCUGUUAUCAGGCUUAAGGACCAUCAGUUUGAAAGUUUUCCCUCUAUUCUUUCGUGCAUGAUUUAAAAAUUUUGUUGUUGUUGUUUGUUUGUUUUGAGACAGGGUUUCUCUGUGAAACAGUCUUGGCUGUCCUAGAACUCGCUCUGUAGAUCAGGCUGGCCCCAAACUCACUGA